AUGCAGGGGACUCAGCAGUCAUUUCUCAUGGCCCCUCCAGAUGGACGUGCUUCUCCUGAAACCACAGCCGGAUUCAAUAGGACGAUUUCUUACCCAUUCUCCUCACAAGCCUGUCUGGAUGUGAAUGUCGCCAUUAGUCAUUCCCAGCAAGAAGUAGGACUUGGGAUCUACCAUGGUGGAGUGGAAUUGCCUUUUCGUCAGUUGAGGGAUGAUCGAUCAGUGCCAGCGCCUCUGCAUGGCUGGCCUGACCAUCCCAUAUCGACACAAAGUUUCUCCAGUCCGCCUUUGAGUGCGGGAUAUCACCCAGUUCCAUCUUAUCAGACAUACAAUCCCUGUCCUGCGGGCAAUCCAUCUUUGAUGGGCUGUUCGGGCAUUACCACUAACGACGUGGUCUCGCUGUUAUCCUACAGUCCUGACGUCCGAGUUCAAGAAAAUAGUAUCCCAGUUUACCAUCAAGUUUCGGGAGAAUGGCCCGUUACGUCCCAGGCACAGACUAAUACGCCAUCGAGGGUUCAGAUGAGGAACGUGUCUCACAUUCCGUUCUUCUCGGAUGCGCAUGGUGAAGAGCAUGCACAAGGUAUCCCGCGAUACUCUGCUAAUCAAGCGGCAGAUGCGUCUGGUGAUGGUAGACUUACAGAGCUGGAUGCAAACAGCGGGUCGUCCGUCGAAGGCUCCGCCUCCCCCGAGUCAUCCCCGGCGGGAACGACGAACAGGAGGAGAUCAAACAGGCUCAGAGGCCCCAGACGGUCUGUGUCGCCAGGGAAUGUCAAGUAUCGGUGUACCGUGUGUGGCAAUAUGUUUACCAGACGGUCGAACUGCCGCGAGCACAUGAAAAAACAUGAUCCUAACCACAGAAGAGAACACUGUUGCAAUGACUGUGGGAAAUACUUUGGACGGAAGACGGAUCUCAAGCGUCAUUUCACUAGCACCAGUGUUCAUGACGGGGUCAAACGUUUCGGUUGUGAAUACUGCGGACAUCGUUUCGCUCGUCAGGACGUUUUAUACAGGUAA